GGGAUGGCUGGCCGGCCGCCGCUCCGGGAUCUGCCCGCCGGACGCCGCCCGCUGCUGGCCGGGCCGGCGCUGCUGCUGCUGCUGCUGCUGCUGCUGGGACCGCUUCGCGCCGGAGCCGCCGAGGCUGCAGAAUGGCCACCCCAAGGAGAAUCUGUCACUCCCCGCUGGAUUUCCGACGGAGGACGGAGCCGACGAUCGGUUGAAGGGGCAGAAAAGGCCCCGCCACCUGAUCACGGAGAGGUAGCCAUGACAGUGGGUGGCAACAAGGAACUCGUUCUGGUCCUGGAAAGAAACCAGCUGCUGUCUCCAGGUUACACAGAGGUACAUUACGCCGAAAAUGGGCAGCCGGUGAUCGUCUCACCCGACCACACGGAACUCUGUUAUUUUCACGGCUACGUCCGAGGACACGUGGAUUCCUGGGUGGUGCUCAGUACCUGCUCCGGCUUCAGCGGGCUGAUUGUCCUGGAUCGCAACAGCAGUUACUACCUGAAACCUCCAGCCAACACCACCACAUCGGCAGCUCACACCCUGUUUCGGGCGAAGGACUUGUUGGUCAAAGGGGGCUCUUGCCAACAAGGGGACCUGCUACCCAACAGCCUGGCCGACCUCACUGGAAUCUUCCAGCCAUUGAAGCGAAAAAGAAGGGAUUCUUGGAGAGCCUUGAAGUAUAUGGAGCUCUUCAUCGUGGCAGAUUACUCCAUGUUUAGAGCUCAAAAUCAGAAUUUGGGAGUCACCAAACAGCGGAUUCUGGAGAUUGCUAAUUAUGUAGACAAGUUUUACAGGUCGCUGAACAUCAAAGUGGCCCUCAUCGGCCUGGAAGUGUGGACGGACCACGACAAGUGCACGGUCAGCGAGGACUCCCACACCACCCUGGUCUCCUUUCUCCAGUGGAAGAAGACGCUGAGAAGUCGCAAGAAGCACGACAACGCCCAGCUCCUCACAGGGAUCACCUUCAGAGGGACCACCAUCGGAAUGGCGCCCCUGGAGGGCAUGUGCAGUGCGGAGAAUUCCGGGGGCGUGAACAUGGACCACUCGGAGUUGCCCAUCGGAGCUGCCGCCACCAUGGCCCACGAGAUCGGCCACAAUUUCGGCAUGAGUCACGACGCGGACGGCUGCUGCGUGGAGGCCACGGCGUCUCAGGGGGGCUGCGUCAUGGCUGCAGCCACGGGGCACCCCUUCCCCCGAGUAUUCAGCUCCUGCAGCCGCAGACAGUUGGAGGGCUACUUCCAGAAGGGGGGAGGCGCCUGCCUCUUCAACCUCCCCGACACCAAGGACCUGGUUUUGGGGAAGAAGUGCGGCAACGGGUUUUUGGAAGAAGGGGAGGAGUGCGACUGCGGGGAGGCCGAGGAGUGCACCAAUCCUUGCUGUAACCCCCAGAAUUGCACGUUGAAAGCCGGAGCUGAGUGCGCCCACGGAGAAUGUUGUAAUUCCUGCAAGCUCAAGACAGCCGGGAUCAUGUGUCGGGAGCCGGCUGGAUCCUGUGACCUCCCGGAAUAUUGUACGGGUGCUUCACCCUACUGUCCCGGCAAUGUCUACUUGUUGGACGGCUCAACGUGUUCUCACGGAGAGGAGUAUUGUUACAACGGCAUGUGCAUGACGCACCAUCAACAAUGCAUCCAGCUGUGGGGACGAGGUGCUUGGCCGGCCCCCGAUGCCUGCUUCCAGGAUGUCAACAGGGCCGGUGACAUGUACGGCAACUGUGGGAAGGACCGACACGGCAGCUAUGUGAAGUGUGCCAAGAGAGAUGCCAAGUGUGGGAAGAUCCAGUGUCAGAGCCCAGCUGCUAAGCCCAAAGGCACCAACACUAUCUCUAUGGACACCACCAUUCGGUUUAACGGGCAAGAGAUCAAAUGCCGAGGGACUUUGGUCUAUGCCACCAAGGAUGACGAGGGAGACCUCUCCGAUCCGGGCCUUGUGAUGACGGGGACCAAGUGCGGAGAUGGGUUGGUGUGCAAAGACCAGCGGUGUCAAAACGCUUCCUUUUUCGAACUGGACAAAUGCAUCUCCAAAUGUCACGGCCACGGGGUGUGUAACAGCAACCAAAACUGUCACUGUGAUGCUGGUUGGGCACCUCCGUUCUGUGAAAAGCCGGGGCUGGGAGGCAGCGUGGAUAGUGGCCCCGUCCAGCAAGACCAUUACGAAGCCAUCCUGAUCUCUUUGCUGGUGGUCUUCCUCCUGAUCGUGCCCGCUUUGCUCCUGGGGCUCUACCGCUGCUACCGACGGGAGAGUUCGCUCCUCCACAAGUGGGCCAGGGGCUUCAGGAAGAGAUACAACACGACCUGCAGGAACGGAAUCGUUCAUCAGAAAACAAGCCAAGGCCAUUCGAAUUCCGCCUUCAGCCUGCAGGAUAUUUCCUCCGCUAACAAAGUGAAAUCCAGCAUCACCAGCCAGGUAGCCAGAGGCAUUUCCUCAUUGAAGCCCAACCCUUCUGAAAGGGCCCCCCACCCCAUCAACGUGGUACGACCCUUACGGCCCGGCUGUGGCCCCUCGACCCCCCUCCAGAGAGACCUCAAACCUUCCAGGCCCCCUCCCCCGCCCUUCCACGGAUCGCCCGCCACGCCUCUGAAAGGCGGAUUUGGGGGUCCCACCAAACUGCCCCCUCCGAAGAAGCCCCUUCCGAGCACCCCCGUCCGACCCCCUCCGCUCAACCCGCAGCCCAGACCCCUUUACAAACCCUUGGCCAAGACUCUUCUGGCGAAAGACGUGGCCUCAGCACCGAGUCCCGCCUUGCUGGUUAUGGUCCCUCCGACCAACUCCAAGCCAGCGGGGAUCGGGGCCUUGAACCAUCUCUCCAAACCUCUCAAGCCAGUUGCACCUCAAAGACCCCUCCCAGGCCUAAAGGUUCAUCCAGCUUCCUUCGCCUUCAAGAAGUGACAAGGCUUUGGCCAUCCUUGGACAACGUUGCCUUCCUCAUUUGCACUACUGCGGUUCCAACGCAGGGAUUUUUGUUACGAGAGACAUUUUCAACUUUUUUUGGGUGGGUGGGUGGGUUUGGAAAAUGGAAACAGUUCCACCAAAUAUAUAUAUAUAUAUGAAGAAAUGGAGAGGAGAGUUAUGGUCACCAAACCUUUUGUGGGGCCGUCGAGAGUAGGUGAACCUUGAGAUGCGUGGCUUCAAGUGAUCUCCAGAAGCUGCGUUGAACGUGAAGAUAUCAUGACCUACCUCCUUUUUUUUUUUUUUUUUGCACAACUUCAUGAGAUGUUCUCUCCUGGACUGCCUAGUUGGGUGGACCUGGCGUUAAGUUGGUAUCACUGAUUUACAGGUGGACACCCAAGUUUUCCAGACGUACAAUGGAGCAAACCAUGAGAUGGAACCAGCUUCUCCAUCUGGACAUUGUUUUAGGACGUUGAGCUGAGCUCCCAACCUCCCUAUGUGGAACAUGAGUCAAAUUUAGAUGGUCUGGAAGAAACCAGAUGAUGUAGAAGUCCAAGGGGUUGAUGAGCUUUUCUUGAGUCCUUCUUGACACCUGUUUCUUCCAACUGGAGAAGAAGGCCAUCUCAGAACAUCUCCCAUGAUUCCAGAAAACAGGAAGGGCCUUGGGAAAUGUCCUGAUUCCUUGGAAGGGUGGGUGCUGCUGAUGUUCUUGGGCAACUUCAUGGGUCCUUGAAAUUGGGAGAUCCAAGAUCUUCAUUGGGGGGGCAGAAAACCUUGUCUCCUUCAACUCUCUUCCCUCCAGUUACAAUGGAGGGCCAUUUCUACCCCACACAUCCAUUGGGACAAAGUUCAGGAUGUCUCUCUGUAGAGCAUCAACACAAAAAUCCACUACAGUCAAUUCUACUGUAGUCCAUGUGGUUGGCGGUGAAUUAAAAUUAGGAUCGGGGGAAGGAAGUUCUAGCUUUUCUUUGGGAAUGGAAAGUUUUCCAUCCCAAGAAAAUCCGGGCCAAUUUUUGGUUUGAGGGGUGAAGGCCAGCAGAAGAACAGCACAGGAGAAACAACUUUCCUGAUCCAGUACAGGCGAGGUUGACUGACAAUGGGAGAGUGACUAUGGGGUCAUUAUAGAUGGUGGACCAAGACUUGAAGGCCACUCUGCAUCCUGUUCCUGUCCAUCCUCUCCCACUCCGUCCCACCACCCAUGGUCAAGAACAUCAUAGCUGGUGGACCAAGUCUUGAAGUCCACUCAGCAUCCUGUUCCUGUCCAUCCUCUCCCACUCCGUCCCACCACCCAUGGUCAAAAACAUCAUAGAUGGUGGACCAAGUCUUGAAGUCUACUUCUGUUCCUGUCCAUCCUCUCCCACUCCAUCCCACCACCCAUGGUCAAGAACAUCAUAGAUGUGGACCAAAUCUUGAAGUCCACUCAGCAUUUUCUUCCUGUCCAUCUUCUUCCACUCUAUCCCACCACCCAGGGCCAAGAACAUCAUAGUUGGUGGACCAAGUCUUGAAGUCCAUUCAGCAUCUUCUUCCUGUCCAUCCUCUUCUACUCUGUCCCACCACCCAGGGCCAAGAACAUCAUAGAUGGUGGACCAGUCUUGAAGUCCACUCAGCAUCCUGUUCCUGUCCAUCCUCUCCCACUCUGUCCCACCACCCAUGGUCAAGAACAUCCUAGAUGGUGGACCAAGUCUUGAAGUCCACUCUUGUUCCUGUCCAUCCUCUUCCCACUCCGUCCCACCACCCAGGGGCCAAGAACAUGGUGGAGAUGCCAAUCUGUUGCCACAUUCUAUGUGUCCACCUUGGUGGUUCCUUGGGUUGCUGUUGGCCACAUGGGAGAAGAAAGCCAGGUGGGGCUGGACAGUGAUGAAGCUCAGUCCUUGAUGGGUUCCUGAGGACGGUCAUAUCCCAACCCUGAUCUUCUGCUGGGCCUACAGGAAACACCAGAUUGGGAUUGAAAUGAUUUAGGAGCUCAUCACGGUCGACUUCAAGAAAAGCCAACAUAAUCUCUGAUUUCAGAUGGGAAAGCGGGAGAAAUGCUUCACCGGUAGUCCUCGGCUUACGACCAUCACUGAGCCCCAAAUUUCUGCUGCUAAGUUAAUCAUCAUCAUUAAAAAUAAAAAUCGUCGUAUGAU